GAACAAUUUUGAGAUUACAUCUGAACCCUGAAGUUUGUGUUAAUUACAAUUUACCCCAGAAGUGUCUUUCAUCUUUGUUUCCUCGAAGUCUCUCAAACUACUUCCACCCACUUUCCCAUCCUCAUAAAAGGACUUUACAGACUCUCUCUGUCUCUCUAUAUAGUCUAUAUCAAUUAGUUUAUCCUCCUCAUACAAAAUCAGUUAUCUUACAACCUACUCUCACAUACUGCAGUUUGUGAAGCCAUGGAAGAGAACAGAAAACAACAACUGGCCAUUUCUUCUUCCAAACCUCCAGCUUCCGAUGAAGUAGCUCCGUCUUUUGCAGGUAAUGACAAUUAUAAUGGUGACGAAACUAAGGCAAUUACUAGUCCAGAUCAGUUCAUGGAGGGCCCUCAAAGUGGGGAAAGUACUCAUGAAAACCCAACCAUACUGCGCUUAGAAGAGCUAACAAGUAUGGAUCCGACGGCGGAGGUAGGUUUUGAGAUAGCUGAUUCAGUUGGUGUUUUAAAGCUCACAAACUCUUCCAAUCCUGAAAUGGAGAGGGCUGCAGAGAAAGCUAGUAGAGGGGCUAGGCUUUUGCAGGAAGGAGCAAAAUUAGUGACUGAGAGCCAACAAAUUUUGGGGUCCGCCACUUUUCAUGGUCAGUCCGACGCUUGUUGUGAUCUUGAAACUGUGGAGUACGAUCUGGUAGAAGGAUGUUACACGCUUUGUCUGGAGAUAGGUCAAGGUGGUGGAAUCGAAGAACUUCAAGCGGGUUAUUCUGAAGCCCUUGUAAACCACGGAGUUUAUGCUAGUGUUAAGUCACAACUGGCUAGCGGGAAAGGUACUAAAAUCCAAACUUCCUCCUCCGCCCAAGCAGCAUCACAAACUCAAGGCACCAAUAAAAAUGGAGCGGCUUGAAGAGUAAAAAAAGCAAAUUAUUUUUAUGAUAUUUGUUAUAAAUUAUGCCAUGUAGCAACUUUUUUCUCUCAAUAAUAUGCUCUAACACAUUAUUUGUGUUUGACUUCAA